GUCAGGCCUCUACUUUGAGCAGUCCUGGGGCUGGCUACAGCACAACAUCCUCCUCCUCACAUCCUUCCUCCUGAUCAUCAUAUUCACCACUGUAGUCCUGCUGCUGCUUGUUUCACACCUCUAUCUGAUCUCCUGCAACACCACCACCUGGGAAUUCAUGUCACAUCAUCGCAUCUCCUACCUGCGACAGUCCGAGUUGGAGAAUCCCUUUGACCAAGGGGUAAUCCUCAAUCUCUGGAGAUUCUUCUGUUCAUGCCACCUCACUGCAUGGGAGAAAAUCUAUUUUCAGAGGAACAGUGAGCCUGUCUAG